AUGAGCAAUAUCAACAGCAGCAACCGAUUUCCCCUGGAAGGCUUGGACCUGAUCAUCUCCUCCAGCAAGAAAACCACGGCAUCUCCUGCCACAGAAGCUCUUCAUGAACAGCUCACCGUCGCCAAGCGCCGAAAGCUCAAUAGCAAUGGAGACAGUGCUCUAUCCAUGACACAGCUACAUUCCUCCCUCCCUUCCUCCUUUGUUUACCAUAAUAGUGAUCAUAUCUCUUUUCUCCAACAAGAUGCACCCUUUCCCACCAUUGACUUUGACAGUAGCUUUGGAUUGAACGACGACGAAGACCAUAGUGACUUGUCGGAUUCCAGCAUCAAGAGUCUUCUGGGAUCGUCCUCGCUUUCCUCCUGUGGAAGACGAAAGACUUGCCUGGCAUCCUCCAGUCAUGGGAUGGUCAGGUCUCGAACUAUUCUCUCGUCGAUUUGCCGCUUGGACGCUGCGCAGUGA